GCUUGAACUGACCUAGACGCCGCGGACGCCCCCCUCAUCCACUCAGGUGUCCCUCCUCGCUCCUGCCCUGGUCUUGUCUGGCGACUGCAACCAGCUGAGCUGAGCAAAGCAGAGCAGAGAAAGCACCACGCACACACGUACCACGCCCGCCGCACCUGCACCUGCACGAGAGUACCUACCACCUUCCACAUCGCAAAAAUCCCCAUCGCCCUGACAUCGACGCUCUUCUCAACCAUCCAUCCACCAGCAUCACAGAACAUAAUCCCGCUCCACCCCACACGCUUGCGCGAACGCUUCCCACGUUGUGUUUCUCCCCCUGCCGCCGAAUACUCGAUCGCAAUCCUCCCUUCCGUCUGGCCCCUGACGAAGCUCUGACCGCCUUUGACGAUUCGCCGCCAGCCCCACGCUAGGAUUGAGGUGCUGUGCUAAUCUGAAUACCGCGACCGGCUGCUGAAAACAACGUCAUCCUCACCAACCUCGACGACGACCACUACCACGCCGACGCUGUCUCUCUCUCUUAGCACUUUACCCCGCCGUCAUUUGCGAUCGGGUACUCAAUCUCCAAACCAACAUUUUCAAUUCCUUAGACGACUUUCAGCAUGGAUACGAACAUGGAGGAUGUUGGCCGCGUCCCCGCCGAUCUGCCCUCCGCCCAGAACCUUGAGCCCACCACGAUCCCGACCCUAGACGGCUGGAUCGAGAGCCUCAUGAGCUGCAAGCAGCUUGUCGAGGCUGACGUUCAGAGACUUUGCGAGAAGGCGCGGGAAGUCUUGCAGGACGAGUCCAACGUGCAACCAGUCAAAUGCCCGGUGACAGUGUGCGGUGAUAUCCACGGCCAAUUUCACGAUCUUAUGGAGUUGUUCAAGAUUGGCGGGCCCAACCCCGAUACCAACUAUCUCUUCAUGGGUGACUACGUCGACCGAGGCUACUAUUCCGUCGAGACUGUGACUCUCCUCGUCGCCCUUAAGAUUCGAUACCCACAGCGCAUCACCAUCCUCCGCGGUAACCACGAGUCCCGCCAGAUCACCCAAGUCUACGGCUUCUACGACGAGUGCCUCCGGAAAUACGGCAACGCCAAUGUGUGGAAGUAUUUCACCGAUCUCUUCGACUAUCUCCCUCUUACCGCCCUCAUCGACAACCAAAUUUUCUGCUUGCACGGCGGCCUGUCCCCCAGUAUCGACACUCUUGACAACAUCAGGGCCCUUGACAGAAUCCAGGAGGUGCCUCACGAGGGUCCCAUGUGUGACCUGCUCUGGUCCGACCCCGAUGACCGCUGCGGCUGGGGAAUCUCGCCCCGUGGCGCUGGCUACACUUUCGGCCAAGACAUCUCCGAAGCCUUCAACCACAACAACGGUCUCACGCUUAUUGCGCGUGCCCAUCAGCUUGUGAUGGAGGGCUACAACUGGUCGCAAGACAGAAACGUCGUGACCAUCUUCUCUGCACCCAACUACUGCUACAGAUGCGGUAACCAGGCGGCGAUUAUGGAAAUUGAUGAACAUCUCAAGUACACCUUCCUGCAAUUCGAUCCUUGCCCUAGAGCCGGCGAGCCAAUGGUCUCAAGACGCACACCCGACUACUUCCUCUGAUCCACCCAUCCGAUACCCCAACUGCCUACUCCAGAGCAUUCUGGAUGCUACUCGUGGACAAGAUGCGAAAGAUACAGGGGACGCACAUGCUCAACUUGCAUUGGUGCUUGGGGGGGGUCUAAUCUUGUCAGAUUACAGCCACAGCCAAGAGAACCGAUGUACUCCCAAGAAAGAGAGAUUUUGCGUUGAGCGCUAUGAUUGAGAAAGGCAGAACGGCCCAGGCAGCUCGAAUAUGAGCGCGAGCCCCUUCACCCAACGGGGCGCCCUGGUGAUAUUCUGAACUCUUUGCUCCGUCAUCGUGUUAGAUACUCAUCAUAGACCGCCGGCAACAGAAAAAGGUGUCGAUACUAAUGACAAGCUGAUGUUUUAA